UUGAGAAUUUCUCAUUAUUCCUACAAGGUUUUACUCUACUACGAUAUUAUACAACAAAAAAAACAUAAAUCCAAAAUACAAUUUUAAUAUACAAUUUGAAUUGUUUAAAAAAAAAAAUGUAUGCGUUACAAUUCUAAAAACACCGAAAUUAGAAAUUGAGAGAAUUUUAGCAAAAUAUGUAAUCAUUGCUUGAAAUGGAGGAAAAACAACUUAAAAAAUAGUAAGUUAAAACAAACUAUAUUUAUCUUAAAAAUGCGUACAAAGGACAUUCAAUAAAAAAAAACUACCUUUGUUUUCUCCCAACCUUCCAUACCAUCUUUUUACACCUAAUUCAAAACUUUUGCUUCCUCUAUAUUCUCCUUGCCAACUAGAUUCUCCUCUUUUUGCAAAUCCAAAUUUCAUUUUUGAAAGAAAUCCAUCCUUGUCUCGGACCAUCGACAAACCAUGGCUCGAGCCAUGGUCCUAUGGCUAUGGACCUUCAUUAUGUUAGUGGCUAUGGUCAAUGGUGCAGAUCAAAAAGACAAUAUAGGAGUAAACUGGGGAAACAUAGCAUCACAUCCACUACCACCAUCCAAUGUGGUUGGCAUGUUGAAAGACAAUGGCCUAAACAAGGUGAAGCUUUUCGACGCUGAUUCCUCUACACUUAAUGCCUUGGCUGGGACGGGGAUUGAAGUCAUGGUUGCCAUCCCUAAUGACAUGCUUAGCCGAAUGAACAAGUAUAAACAUGCUAAAGAAUGGGUUAAGAAAAAUGUUACCAAACAUCUUUAUGAUGGAGGAGUUAACAUAAGGUAUGUAGCUGUAGGAAAUGAACCACUUUUGACAAGUUACAAUGAUAGUUUCAAGCAAACAACAUUCCCUGCUUUACAAAACAUUAUGAAGGCUCUUGAAGAAUCUGGCCAUGGAGAUAUUAAGGCCUCUGUUCCCCUCAAUGCAGACGUGUACGAGUCAUCCUCAACCAUGCCCUCAAGUGGUGAUUUUCGAGGAGAUGUAAAGGAUCUCAUGCUAGACAUCGUAGGCUUCCUCAAAGAAAAGGGUGCACCUUUCAUUGUCAACAUCUACCCUUUCCUUAGUCUUUACCAAAACCCGAAUUUCCCAGAGGAUUUUGCUUUCUUUGAUGGAGGUGCUAAAACUAUCAACGACAAUAGUCACACGUAUAGUAAUGUGUUUGAUGCUAAUUUUGAUACGCUUGUUUCAGCGUUGAAGAAGAAUGGUUAUGGGGAUUUGAAGAUUGUUGUUGGGGAGAUUGGAUGGCCUACUGAUGGACACAUUAAAGCCACUACUAAGUUAGCCAAGAAAUUCUAUGAUGGUUUGCUUAAGAAGUUGGCUUCUAACAAGGGCACCCCAAUGCGGCCAGGGCCGAUGGAGGCUUACCUCUUUGGGUUGCUUGAUGAGAACAUGAAGAGCAUAGACCCAGGUGAUUUUGAGAGGCACUGGGGGAUCUUCCGUUACGAUGGCCAACCUAAAUUUCCAAUGGACCUUAAUGGCAAGGGCAAUGACAAGAUGCCCAUUGGUGCUAAGGGGGUGCAGUACAUGGAGUCUAAAUGGUGUGUCUUCAACACAGACGCAAAGAACCAAGAUAAGAUAGUAGGCUCCGUAGAGUAUGCAUGCUCAAGGUCGGAUUGCACUUCCCUCGGUUAUGGGUCCUCAUGCAAUGACCUUGAUGCUAAUGGUAACAUUUCAUAUGCCUUCAACAUGUAUUUCCAGAUGAAUGAUCAAAGUGUCGAAGCUUGCCAGUUUGACGGCCUUGCUACGAUUACGUCCACCAAUGCCUCCCAACAAGGGUGCCUAUUUCCAAUAGAGGUUGUAAGUGCGGCAAUAAGGAUUAGCAUGGUUCCAACAGAGGCUGUUCUUUUGGUUUUUACGCUUAUGUUGUUUUUGUUGCUUUAAGGUAUCCCAAGUUAGUCCUUAGUCCUGAAUCCUGAGGUAAUAAACUCUUAUCAGAUUUUCUUGUACAAUAUAGUCAUAUACAAGGAUUUUCUUGUAUAAUAUAGUCAUGUACAAUAAAUUAGCGAGAGAUAGUCUCACCUACAACUUGCCCAUUUCUUAUGUACU